GCUCCUAAGGCUGGACACAGGUGAAGUAAUCGAAAGCUGAGCUGAUCGAUUACCUCUACUAUUAAGACGUAUCUAGAGGUUUAGUCUCUCUUAAGUUUACUUUCGGAGCAUGUCAGAAACACAGGCAAAUUUGUUUUUGAAGGCACAACAUCGGAGGUUUACUGCAUUCGCUCAAGAAGAUGAAAAGGAGUGGAAGGGGCCUUUCUACUUCAUUCAAGGAGCAGAUCCACAGUUUGGUCUAAUGAAAUCAUGGGCUGUCGGUGACUGUGAAAAUGGAGGCGAUGACUGGGAGGAAGAAAUCCAGCUGACCAAGCAGGCAGUACAAGCUGUAAAUGCCCUAAAACCCAGACCCAAGUUCUUUGUACUCUGUGGAGAUCUUAUCCAUGCCAUGCCAGGUACUCAGUGGCGAGAGGCACAAGAAAAAGACCUUAAGAAUGUUCUAAAGGAUAUGGAUAAUGCUAUUCCUAUGGUAUUUGUUUGUGGAAAUCAUGAUAUUGGCAACACUCCAACUCCAGGGACAAUUGAUGACUACAAGAAAGCCUGGGGAGAUGACUACUUUAGCUUCUGGGUAGGAGGAGUUUUCUUUCUUGUGAUAAAUUCUCAGUUACUCUUUGAUGCCUCUAAAUGUGCUGAGCUUAAGGAAGCCCAUGACAAGUGGCUUAUGGAACAGCUAGCUGUGGCCAAACAGCACAAAUGUAAACAUGCCAUUGUAUUUCAACACAUUCCACUGUUCCUGCAGAAGCCAGAAGAAGGGCAUGACUACUUUAACUUGGACAUCCCUGUACGGCAAGAGUUGCUGGAACGCUUUCAUGAUUCAGGAAUCAAGGCGGUUUUCUCUGGGCAUUACCAUCGAAAUGCAGGUGGAUUACACAAUGGGCUUGAUAUGGUCGUGACUUCAGCAAUAGGAUGCCAGCUGGGAGAAGACCCUCAUGGAGUCCGUGUGGUGGUUGUUACAGAAGAUGCAAUCCAUCAUCGAUACUACAGCUUAAAUAAGCUGCUCGACCAAGGGCUUGAACAAGAGCUUCUUAACCUCAUUAAAUCGAAUUAGCAACUGGUUAAUGUGUUUCCUUAUUGUGGCAUUAGAGUUGGAUAUUGUAAGCGGGUACAUCAGUUUAAAUCUAGAACAUGCUACAGUUGUAUUGUUAAACAGAAUAUAUCAUCUUUUUUUACAGUUAAGAAUGGGAACAGGUGCUGUAAAUGCAGCACACAUUAAAAUGUAUUUAAGAAAGACACCACUGAUAUGCUGGAUGACAUAACAGAUAUCAAGUCCAGGGACAUAAACUGCCGUUUGUUUUUUAUUGCAAAAUAAAUAGGGCAGAGAGUUGUACCUGCACCAUUUUUCUUGUUCAUCUGCAGUUAGAGACAUAUUAAAAUGCAGAUUAUGGUCUGUGAUGUUCAAUUGAUAACCAUCAGGCAUGGCUGAUGAUAGCUAGUGUGGAAAUGCAUACUGCAUAGGAAAUUUUAUAGCACAGUCAUGUUCCUUUUGUACACAUUUUAAUACAAAUAUCUUUUGGAAUAGUGUAACCGUACUGGAGGAAAAAUGAAAUAAGGAUGAUGUAUGUGGUACAGCCUGUCCUAUUAUUACUGCAAUACCAGAUGACAAAUUAACUGCAUAUUGCAAGACAAGUUGUAUGACCAUGACAAUACUAAAGCAGGAUUUUCUAAAUUCAAAAUAAACAGAGUUUGACAUUUUUUCCAUUUGUAAAAGCCUUCUCAAAAUACUAACAAGCACUGUUUAAUUUUUGUAAUAUACAUUUGUGUCCUCUUUGGAUGCAGCCCUUUCUCUUGUCUCAUAUAAUUUAUAUAUGGAAAUAUCAGACUAUGUAACAGUCAGAAUGUGAAGAAUGUUUAUGUAUUCUCUACAAAAGUUUCUCCUGUAAAAUGUCAGGGGCAAAACCCAUGUCAUGUCUGUGUAUUGCAGUCAAAUACUUUGGGAUACAUAAGCAUCUCAUGCAAAUUUAGGUGGGACAGUGAACUGGUAUGCUUCUGAAAUAGUGCCUGCAAUGACCUGCUAAAUAAACUAAUAUGUAGCAGGUA